AUGGAUCUCUCAAGCACGUCAACCGUCCCGGAGCCCCGGAGCUCGAACCUAAACCCAGACCCGUCUCUGGACAGGAACAUGACCCCGUCGUCACCCAGUCACUGCCAGGACGACCAGGCCUCCUCGACUUCUGCCUUUUCCGAUUACUUCAAAACCACACCGACCUUCACCGCUUCCGCUACCCCCUCGACCACAGCUACCUCCUACUCUACUACCGCCUAUGUCGACGACGAUGUGACGACCGCGAACCAUCCAUCGAGAGAUAGUUGCGAUAGACGGAGACCCAACGACGGAGACGCCUCCAAGUUCCCCGCGAACAUGCCCACCCAACUAGUCGGCCAGACCGUCACCCCCUUCCUCCGAGAACACAUCCCCGGCAUCUACGCACCCAUCGGCAAACCCGACAUCCAAAACGAGAACAGCAACAACUACAACAACAGUAACGGCACCAACAACAGCGGCCACCUCAGCCAGACUCGGGACGCCAACAGCAAGUUCUGCUACCGUCACCGUCCCGACGCAAAGUGUCGUCGCGCCGCCGACGAGUCCAAGAUGGUCUUGAUCCAGAGCGAACUCGACAAGCUUCCCUCCGCCGACCAGCAAGCCAUCACCCACGUCUGGUCCCUCUUCUCCGCCGCCCCCGCCAAGCACCGCGAUCUGAUGCUCCAGGGCAUCAUCACACAAUGCUGCUUCCCCCAAUUAUCCACCGUCUCUCGCGAAGUCCACGAGCAGCUCAAGAUCGACUUCAUGGCCGCCCUCCCGACUGAGAUCUCAUACAAGGUGCUGGGCUAUCUCGAUACCGUCUCCCUAUGCAAGGCUGCCCAGGUCAGCAGGAGAUGGCGUGAUCUCGCCGACGACGACGUUGUAUGGCACCGCAUGUGCGAGCAACACAUCGACCGCAAGUGUACCAAGUGUGGAUUCGGUCUUCCCCUCCUCGAGCGAAAACGGCUGCGAGACUGGAACAAGCAGAAGGAGCUUGCCGAAGCUAGGAGCCUCCAGCAGGCGGCGCCCGUCGAGGCGGUCGAGCAGGUCGACGAGGUUGUGACGGCGUCUUCGCCCAACGCCAACAAGAAGAGAGAGCUCGUCGUGCUCGAUGACGGAAGGAAACGAGCCUGCCUGAGCGAUGUCGGCGAGCCGAUGGCACCCAAGACGGGAGCCGAAAAGGAGCGGGAGCGCUUAAUCAGGCCGUGGAAGAGCGUCUAUCGCGACCGGUUCAAGGUCGGCUUCAACUGGAAGUACGGUCGAUGCCACAUCAAGACCUUCAAGGGCCACGACAACGGCGUGACCUGCCUGCAGUUCGACGACGAGAUCCUUGCCACAGGGUCCUAUGAUGCCAAGAUCAAGAUCUGGAAUAUUGUAACAGGCGAGGAGAUUCGCACUCUGAGCGGCCACACGAUGGGCAUCCGCACCCUUAAGUUUGUCGGCAACAAGCUCUUUAGCGGCAGCUUGGACCACACAGUAAAGGUAUGGAACUGGCAGACGGGCGACUGCAUCAGCACUCUCCGCUGCCACACGGAAGGUGUCAUCACGGUUGAUUUCGACGGGAAGUUCCUGGCUUCGGGCUCCAUCGACAAGUCAAUCAAGAUCUUCAACUUUGACAGCAAGGAGACCUUCUGUCUCCGUGGCCACGAGGACUGGGUCAACCACGUACGGCUUGACCCCGGCUCGCAGACGCUCUUCUCGGCGUCGGACGAUUGCACCGUCCGCCUCUGGGACCUACGAAACAAGACAUGCAUCAAGACGUUCGAGGGCCAUAUGGGCCAGGUGCAGCAGAUUCUGUUGAUGCCGGAGGACUUUGAGCCGGACGAGGAGGCUCUUGCGGGCGACGACAACGCCUCGGUCAACAGCGGCCGCAGCACCACCCCGACUGCCUCGGCCAAUGUGGCGUCCAUUCUCGGCUCCUCUUUCGGCGGCAGCGACUCGGUCACGGCGGAGGACGACCGGACGUCGUUCGGCUGUUCCUUUUCUUCGGACCCCACCCGGCAGCUGCCGCCCCGCUACAUGCUCACCGCCGGCCUCGACAACACGGUCAAGGUGUGGAACAUCCACACCGGCAAGUGUCUCCGCACCAUGUUUGGCCACGUCGAGGGCAUAUGGGGCCUCGUGGGCGACACUUUGCGUAUUGUCACGGGCGCCAACGACUCCAUGGUCAAGGUAUGGGAACCCAAAAGCGGCAAGUGCGAACGCACCUUUACCGGCCACUCUGGUCCCGUCACCUGUGUUGGCCUUAGUGACAGCCGCAUGGCCAGCGGCAGUGAAGACGGCGAAGUGCGCCUCUACAGUUUCGAGGCAGAUGGCCCCCUCCUCGAAGAGUGCGGCACUCCGGCGUAA